UCGUACACGAGUCUUCGUUAUUACAUAGCUGCAUGCAUCAACUUCAGAUUCCGAGCGACACCACCUGUUUUUUUUUUUCACUUUUUCUGAUCGAGUGAGGUAGCGGAUGAACAUGCACGGACAGAUUUAGCCAAAGGGAACUUUCUUAAGCAUGAUCGCUUCCAACCAGCGUAAGAUCUUCCCUGCCCUCCCCGUUUUGGUCUCGCUUCUUCUUCUCUCUGGCGUCUGCCCAUUCCAUCUGUCGGGGUUCGGCUAUGCUCGUCGUCGCGCAGCCGACUAUCAGAGUCUGCGGCCGCAGAAAGAGCUGCACAGGUUGAACAGGAUCAAGACCCAUCUGAGGAAGAUCAACAAGCCUUCGGUCAAGACAAUUCAGACCCUUCAUGGUGAAGUUAUAGAUUGUGUUUUGCUGCAUCAACAGCCGGCUUUCGAUCAUCCGCUGUUGAGAGGACAGAAACCACUGGAUCCGCCCGAGAGACCGAGAAGUCGUGAGCUGACAGGAAUGGUGUUUGUAGAGGAUUUCCAGUUAUGGAGGAACACGGGUGAGUCGUGCCCAGGAGGGACGAUCCCGAUACGGAGAACGAGCGAAGAGGACAUAUUAAGAGCUAGCUCUCUGCAAAAGUUUGGAAGGAAAGCAGGAAGAUGCAUCAGAAGAGAUUUUCUCAGCUACGACGGUCAUGAGCAUGCGGUUGGGUAUGUGACCGGAGAUCAAUACUACGGAGCAAAAGCGAGCGUCAAUGUUUGGGCACCCCAAGUCGCCAAUCAAUCCGAAUUCAGUUUGUCCCAGAUCUGGGUCAUCUCCGGCUCUUUCGGCGAUGAUCUCAACACCAUCGAAGCUGGUUGGCAGGUUAGUCCAGAGUUGUACGGGGACAACUUCCCAAGGUUCUUUACAUAUUGGACCACUGAUGCAUACCAGACAACAGGAUGCUAUAACUUGCUGUGUUCAGGCUUCGUCCAAACAGACAGCAGGGUUGCACUUGGAGCCGCUAUAUCUCCCACUUCUUCGUUCAACGGCGGCCAAUUCGACAUUAGCCUGUUGAUAUGGAAGGAUCCGAAGCACGGGAAUUGGUGGCUGGAAUUCGGGCCAGGCAUUCUGGUCGGGUACUGGCCGUCGUUCCUGUUCACGCACCUGAUGGACCACGCGACCAUGGUCCAGUUCGGCGGGGAGAUCGUCAACUCCGCGCCCUCCGGGUCUCACACCGCGACCCAGAUGGGGAGCGGGCAGUUCGCCGAGGAGGGGUUUGCCAAGGCCUCCUACUUUCGCAACCUGCAGGUGGUCGACUGGGACAACAACCUGAGCCCGCCGCCGGACCUCCAGGUCGUUGCCGACCACCCGAACUGCUACGACAUCCAAAAGGAGUACAACGACGCGUGGGGGAAUUAUUUCUACUACGGAGGACCCGGGAGAAAUGUGAAGUGCCCUUAAGAAA